AUGUCUAUGAAUGAUCAGACAAUUAAAAUUGAACCACCAGAAUAUUCACCAGAAGACAUUAAACUCGAAAUGGAGGAUGAAUUUGAUUAUCCUGAUGUUGCUGUUAAAUCUGAAUCGUGUUCUGAAGAUGAUGAUACAUUAUUUACGGAAACACAUCAUUUAAAAGAGCAUAUGAUCGAUCAUAUGCCUAAUAAUAGCAAAGAAAGUCCUUUCAAAUGUGAAAUCUGUUACAAGACUUUCAAUCGAUUACGUAAUGCGAAAAGGCACAUGCUCAUUCACAGUGGUGAGCGUCCCCAUGAAUGCAAUGUAUGCAAAAAGACUUUCACAGAAAAAGGUAAUCUGAAACGUCACAUGCUGAUGCAUAGUGGAGUACGUCCCCAUGAAUGCAAUAUAUGCAAUAAGAAAUUUACACAAGCAGGAGGUCUGAAAAGGCACAUGCUGAUACACAGUGGAGCACGUCCCCACGAAUGCAAUAUAUGCAAAAAAACAUUUACGCAAUCGAGCAAUCUGAAAAGUCACAUGCUGAUACACAGUGGAGUAUGUCCCUGUGAAUGCAAUAUAUGCAAUAAGACAUUUGCAGAAUUAAGUAAUCUGAAACGUCACAUGAUCAUUCACACUGGAUUAAGGCCUCAUGAAUGCAAUAUAUGCAAAAAGACAUUCAGACAUUUACAUAAUCUAAAAUUCCACAAGCGCUCUCACAGUGGCGAGCACUCUCAUGAAUGCAAUAUAUGCAAAAAAACAUUUAUAGAAAGUGGUCAUCUGAAAAGGCACAUGCUGAUUCAUAAACGAGAGCAUUAUGAUAAAUAA